CUCACCAGGUUCUUGCUUGGAUCUCACUAAUGAUUCAAAAAAACUCAAUAUCCAUGACCAAGGAUCUGCUGGAACCACCAGCUAAACCUCGGUCAAUUGGAAAACAACGCCGCUCUUAUUGGUCUAGACCUCCUCAAGGAAUUAUCAAGGUCAAUGUGGAUGCUGCCUUUUCACCAAGUUCGGGGUCGGCUGCUUUGGCAAUGGUAGGGCGUAAUUCAAAAGGUGAAAUCUGUUUUGGAAAUGUUUGGUUGUGUAUGGCAUUAUCCCCACUUAUGGCUGAGGCACUAGUUUUAUUUAAAGCUACCAACCUUGUUGCAAACAUGGGAAUUCAGCAUGUAAUUUUCAAGUCAGAUAACCAGGUUCUGAUUUCAUGCCUCAAACAUUCUGAUAAACCUGUGCCAUGGGAUGCUAAAACUGUUAUUUUGUGUAGCAGACAGUUAUCGAAAGACCAUUUUGGUUUUAUGUUCUCCUUUGUUUCACGAGAGGGUAACAAAGUGGCAGAUUGGAUGGCUAGAUCAGCACUUAAAGGGAAAUGCCCCUCAUACUGGGCACACAAGCCUCCUAGUUCGCUACUGUCAUUACUUAUAAUGGAUGGUCUAUCUAUGUAAAGUAUCCUGUACCUUACAUACAUAUCUUUCCUUAAAAAAAAAAGGAAAGGAAAAGAAAAAAGGAAAACCUCUUUUGGUUCUGGGGAGUAGUCGUUUAUUUAUUUAUUUGUAUAUUUUGCUAAAUUUCUUAUAUGCUUUUUAAAGAUCCUUUAACAAAUACAUAUAUAUAUAUAUAUAUAUAUAAAUUUCAUCUUUCCUU